AUGGUGGCUGAGCCCUCAGACCCCAGCCUGGGGCCCCCACCCACCCUUCGGACCUGGUCACCAGGCUCAGGCCCCUGGUCUUAUUCUGACAACGGAACACAAACCAGCACAUCCCGUGAAGAGCAUCUCCAGGUCUAUACCCAUCUCGGUUACGCGGGCUCCCUGGUGACGGUGCUGGUCAGCGCGUGCGGCCUGGCGGGGGACGGGGCCGUCAUCUGGCUGCUGGGCUUCCGCGGGAAGAGGACCCCCUUCUCCGUCUACGUCCUCCACCUGGCCUGCGCCGACGCCGCCUUCCUCGCGGGUGUAUGCGUGAAGCUCUCGCUUUACCUGGCGGGUUGCCACGAGCGCCGCCACAAGCGCCUGCUGCAUAACCUACUGAGGGUGGUGCUCGUCCCUUCGUACCUGGCGGGGCUGAGCCUGCUGGUGGCCGUCAGCGCCGAGCGCUGCGUCUCCGUGCUCUGGCCCCUCUGGCACCGGUGCCGCCGGCCCGCCCGCCUCUCCUCCGUGGUGUGCGGCCUCAUCUGGGCGCUGUCCCUAGGCCUGGGGGUCCUGGGGGUCCUGUGUGACGACUACGUUGGGUUCUCAUGUAGGGAGAUCUCGCUCAUCUAUUACGGGGCGUCGGCCAUCACCUUCCUGGGGCUGUGCGCGUCGGGCCUGACGCUGCUCGUCCGCGUCCAGUGCGGCCCCUGGAGGCGCCGGCCCAGCCGGCUCUACGUGACCCUCCUGCUCAGCGCCCUGGCCUUCCUGCUGCUCGGGCUGCCGUACGGAGUGGUCCACAUGUUCCACGCCCUCUCCCCAUCCAUGCCCUACGAUUACAUCCUGCUGCCCGUCUGCCACCUCCUCUCAAUCCUGAACUGCCUGGUGAACCCCCUCAUUUACUUCUUCGUGGGGAGCCAUGGGCGGCGCAAGGGCCUGGCCCCCCUCCGAGACGUGCUCCAGAGGGCGCUGAGGGAUGAGGAGGAGGGGCCUGAGCAGAGCAGCACCUCCGUCUCCAGAGAAACCGAGGUGUCCCCCUGA